AAUGAGAACUCGGCGAUGAACUAUUGACCAUCCACGCAAAUACCUUAGUGACACAAACAAAAUAAUUAAUAAUAAUAACACCGUAUAACAAUUAUUUUUCACAGAAUAAUUAAAUUAUUAAAAUGAAGCGACAGAACGUCCGGACGUUAUCACUCGUUGUGUGCACGUUUACGUAUUUGCUAAUCGGGGCCGCCGUUUUUGAUGCCUUGGAGUCCGACACUGAGAGCAAGAGAUGGGAAGUGUUGUCUGACAUGAAAGGCGGCUUAGUCCGUAAAUACAACAUAACUCCAGAGGACUACCAUAUGAUUGAGAUAGUCAUAAUAGAAAAUAAACCGCACAAAGCUGGCCCGCAGUGGAAGUUCGCAGGCGCCUUUUACUUUGCCACCGUUGUCCUGGCAAUGAUUGGAUAUGGUCACUCUACUCCGGUUACAGUUGGUGGGAAAGCAUUUUGUAUGGCUUACGCAAUGGUUGGCAUUCCGCUUGGCUUGGUGAUGUUCCAAAGCAUAGGCGAGCGUCUGAACAAGUUCGCAUCGGUUGUUAUACGUCGCGCCAAAUGCUACCUGCGCUGCAACACCACUGACGCUACGGAAAUGAACCUUAUGUUCGCUACUGGAUUACUGUCCUCCAUUAUCAUCACUACGGGAGCUGCCGUGUUCUCUCGUUACGAGGGUUGGAGUUACUUCGACAGUUUUUAUUACUGCUUCGUCACCCUCACCACGAUUGGAUUC